CUGGUGAUUGACAUCGGCUGUAACCAAUGAAAGAGAGAGCGUUGUUUAUGCAGUCGCUGUCUGAUGAUGUAACUGAUGAAGAAGUCGUGGGAGUGGCUGCUAAUAUUCUCCUGCUGCAAAUUAAUCCCGUGUAGCAUCUGAGUGAUAAGGGCAGUGUUAUAGUGCAGGGCACAGAGCAUGGGGCCAGAACGAGUUUUCCCAAACCAGAGUGAUGAGUUGAGAGACUCCCAGGACACUACUGUGGAGUGGAGUGGGGGUGAGGUAGAAGAGGACGAUGGAGAAGUACAAAGUGGAUAUCAGUACCAGCCCCUAAACCAGGAUCCAGAAGAAGGAACCCAGACAGAGGGAGACAUCCAGGAGCGCCUGGAGGCAAUGGGACUGCACCUUCCUGAGCCUCCUGCAGACAGUGAAGAUGAGGAUGAGAGCGAGGAAGCUGCAAGCUCUAUUCCUAUGGAUACAGCACAUGUGGAGCUGGUAAAGAAGACGAUGGCUGGUAUAAAACUUCCCACCCUCUCGGUUCCACUUUGGGCACAACAGAUUUCAGAUGUAGAAUGGGAACAUGUGGUUCAUCAGGCGAUCCAGUCACGGACAACAGCACUUCAGUUUGGCAAGAAAUGAUUUGCCAGCUGGUGGUCUUCUACCUUAUUGGACAAUUGUUUUUGGCUGGGUGAUUUGCACAGGGAAUAGGACCCCCGUCAGGGAGGUACAAGGGUACAGUACAUAUGAAGUGUUUGUAAUGUUGUCUGGAUCUCCUUACACUAUAGGUGACUCCUUUACCCUCUCUGGUCCAUCUGUUAUACCAGCAACUGGCUUAGGGUUAACUCUUACAGUAGCAACGAAAAUAAAUGUUAUGUGAUCAGA